AUGGCCCAUUCGAUGCUGUCUAAAGCUGACGUCCAAAAUGACAGACAUAUGUUGAUGAAUACACUCGAUGGCAUUAUUAAGCAAGUUUUCAGCAGCGUUCGAGACGAGUUAUAUACGCUGAAGAAGGCAAUCAGAGGAGCGGAAUGUCCCAAUAAUGCUCCCGGCAAGACGAGUGUCAAAAUUCACGAACGUGUGAAUUAUGCAUCGGAAGACUUAGGCGCAAAAGUCGUUUCAGUGAUGGCACAACCACUUUACUCAUCAAAUUUUUUCGAAUUAUUACUUGGAAUCAAAUACUGGCCAAAUCCUCCGGUAAAGAUGCUCCGAUCGAAUAUGGCGCCUGGUAAUUGUUUUGCAUUUAAAGAUGAUCGAGCUGUCGUAAUGAUCAAAUUGCCGCGACCCGUCAUGAUCGAUCAAAUCGGUUUAAGCCAUAUAUCGAGAAAACAAUCACCAACGGGAGACGCAUCGAGUGCUCCCAAAGAUUUUACCGUCUUCGCUGUCACGGAAAAUCGGGAUGUAUUGUUGGGUAAUUUCCGUUACGAAUGCAUUCAAACUAAGUUGUUGCAAACUUUCUUUGUUCAGCCGUCAGAAAAAUACGAUUUGUUACGCUUUCAUUUCAAUUCAAAUCACGGCCAUUCAACUUUCACUUGUAUUUAUCGAAUCGUUGUCUACGGAAGAGUUUUUCAUGAUUCUUUAUUGCAUCAAAACGGUCAUCUCCGCAAAAGAGGACUCGACACAGAUCAAUCGCCAAUGACACCAAAUGUUGGCGAAAAAACAACCCAACAUCAUCAUCCAACGUCAGCGUCAUCAGCGUCACCAAGCGGUUGA